AUGUGGCCCAGUAGCAUUUGUGGGAUGCGUAUUGCACUUGCAGUCUUCACUUACUGCGUAAACCUAUGUUGCGCUCUCCAGAAGCAAGCCCUGGUCACGGAGGCGAGCAUUGCUGGUGGACACUGGAUCGACACCUGGGCGUCGAUGCCACAGCUCUGUGAACCUGCAAACCUUCCUCCUGUGCCAUAUAGGUUUCUGACGAACAAGUCGAAUCAGAACGACACGGCUGUCAUCUUCAAGAACAGCACCAUACGGCAGACAGUACACGUCACGACCGGUGCUGAGCAAAUCCGGUUACGCAUCUCGAAUGCGUUUGGCCUGACUGACUUGCCCAUCACCGCGGUAACAAUAGGUCUGCCCUUCAACGGCUCUGCAGGAGUCGGGGCCAUUCAGCCCUCGACGCUGCAGACCGUAACUUUUAGUGGUGGAGAGGAAUCGAUCACCAUUCCAAAUGGAGCGCUUGCCGUCUCUGAUCCGCUAAAUCUCACAGUCCAGGCACAAUCGAAUCUGGCAAUUACGAUAUAUUUGGCUUCGGGACAGAACGGUUCAUCGAUCACCAGCCAUCCUGGCAGCCGAACAACGUCGUGGAUGACAGUUGGGAAUCAGGUCGGUGCGACCAAUCUUACCGGGCCAGUCUUGAACUCAACUGCACACUGGCAAGUCAUGAUCCUUCCGUCUCUCACAAUUUUAUUGACUUUUGUCGUCAGGUAUUUCAUUUCCGCCCUCGAAGCUUGGUCCCCAGCCAACUAUCGCAACUUUGCGAUCAUUGGAGAUAGCAUUACGGAUGGUAGAGGCAGCGAUACCAAUCAGAAUAAUAGAUGGCCGGACCUGGUCCUAGCUCGCCUGCAAUCCUCGGCAUCUCCUUUUGCAACUUCAUUAUCGAUAUCCAAUCUUGCUGCAGGCGGUAAUCGUAUACUGUAUGAUGGACUUGGUCCAAAUGUCCUCGCUCGCCUGGAUCGAGACGUCCUCAGCCAUGCCGGUGUGCGCUACGUCAUGAUCUUCGAAGGUGUCAAUGACAUUGGAGUCGCAGCCACCGACGCCGCGAAUCAGACGCUCACGUAUAAUCGCCUAGUCAGCGCCUAUCGUCAAAUCGCGACGCGAGUCCACGCGUUCGGCAUUCCGAUUUUUGGUGCAACAAUCACACCCUUCUCAGCACCAAACGGUAACAGCACCCUGCAGCCCUACACAAGCGAUGCAAGAGAACAGACAAGGCAGAAGGUCAACGAUUUCAUCCGUACAUCGGGCGUAUUUGAUGCAGUGCUGGACUUUGACCAGAUCCUCCGCAAUCAGACAGUGCCAAGCCAGCUGGCCGAUGCUUUGCAAGGUGGUGACUAUCUCCAUCCCAAUGGCAAGGGAUAUCAGCUUUUGGCUGCGGAGUUCGAUUUGAGUAUAUUCGAAAGAUUUGCGGGUGGUAUCGGAGGAUUUGUGUAG